AUGAAGGACGCCAGAGCACACCUGCACAGACCCGGAGCAUUGCUGCUGCCAAUGGCCGGGGCGAUGGAUGAAACGGCUUCUGUAUUGCUGACAGGGCUGCUGAGCACACUGGCUGGGCUGCUGGCGGCACUUGUUAGUGCUGCUGUGGCUGGGAUCCUGUUGCUGCCAGGCAGGAAUGGCGUGCUGGGCAUGAAUGAGUGGCACCACGCCAGCACCCACUUCAACCAAAUGUUUCUACCGAACGUGCAAGUCAUCCUUCUAGCUAUGGCGACCGUCACAAUACUUCUCUGGUGGAUGGACCCGUAUCAUUCUUGGAACGUUCUGCCUCUGCUCUCCAUCUCAAAACCUUCACGAUGA